AUGGUAAAGGAAGAUUCCAGCUAUGCACCAGGCCUAGGAAGCAACUGGUCAGACCAGUGCAGAAGGGAUGGCCACAAAAAAGAUGAAAAUGACAGAAAACCUACUGUGUUUGAGUGCUAUUUCUUAGCACUCUGGCAGAGACUUGACUACUGCCGUGCUCCUGGUCCUCCCCGGGCCAACGGCCCCUCUUCGCCCCCCGCCCCGCCACAGGCCUCUGCCCACAACCGGAAGAGAGCCGAGAUCACUGCGUGGCCUCCCACCACUGCCCUGCCCCGCCACGAGCCUCUGGCUUCCUGGAAGGCUGACACUUACCCCUGCCUCCGCGUCUCCAUGGAAACGGAGACCACCAGCCGGCUCCGCCAGUGGUCCAUGCUGGGCAGAGUCGCGGCUCAGGCGUUCGACUUCGACCAGACGUUCCAGGCCUAUCAGGACGACUUCGUCAUGGCUUUUUUUAAAGACCCAAAUGUUAUUCCUAAUUUGAAGUUACUUUCAGAUUCUUCUGGACAAUGGAUUACAUUAGGAUCUGAAGUGAAAAAAAUUGAAGCCACAAAUGUUCCUUGUACACAGCUUUCAAUGUCAUUUUUUCGUCGGUUAUAUGAUGAAGAUAUUGUACGCGAUGAUGGACAUAUCAUUAAGUGUUUAGAUUCUUUUUGUGAUCCCUUUCCUAUAUCUGAUGAAUUACGAAAAGUUUUGCUAGUGGAAGACUCAGAAAAAUAUGAAAUAUUUAGCCAAGCUGAUAGAGAAGAGUUCCUGUUUUGUCUUUUCAAACAUCUUUGCCUUGGUGGAGCCCUUUGUCAGUAUGAAGAUGUGCUUAAUCCGUAUCUGGAAACAACAAAGCUUAUCUAUAAAGAUCUAGUGAGUGUUCGAAAGAACCCUCAAACCAAGAAAAUACAAAUUACCUCUUCCAUCUUUAAAGUUACGGCAUACGAUUCCGCUGGCAUGUGCUACCCUUCAACAAAGUCUCAUGAACAGACAUUUUCUUACUUUCUUGUGGAUCCGAUCAGGCGUCAUGUUCAUGUUCUAUACCACUGUUACGGUGUGGGGGAAAUGUCUUAA